AUGGUUAUUUCACAAACUAUAAAUUCUCCAGACAAUAUGAACUCUUGUAGUGCGCUACCCAGUAGUGGUACUAAUACAGAAAUUACACAAAACAUGAUUCAGUCAAUGAAUAAGAUCAACUUGAACAAAUAUAUUGAUAAAUCAAAUAAUGAAAAAUUUCUAAAGAUAAGUCCAAAUUUAUUUACGCAUGAAAGAUUACAUCUGUUUGAUUCAAUGGAUUUGUAUUUAGACUUAAUGAAAAUUAAUAGCAUAUUCACAAAAUCAAAUACGAAUUACACUUCAAUUAUGGAACAGGGUGAUCGUUUGAAUAAUAUUAGCACGAGAAUAUUGAAUAAAUCUCUACUGAAAGAUAAACAACUAAAUAAAUCAAAGAAGAAAGAAGGUGUGAAGAAUAUGUAUCAUAUUUUGAAUUCAAGUUUGAUGCAAGCUGUGAAUAAUGGAACUUCAAACAAUAUUACUCAAAAACAAACUUUAAAUACGCAUGACACCUCGGCAUCUAAUAUUACAACUAUCGCAAAUUCAAAAAUUGUACGACAACCUGUUGUAGUAUCUGUAACAUCGAAUACUUCAAAUCACGGUGCCAUUUUUCAUGAUACCAAUACUGAAAACAAAAACUCAGAUAAUAUACAAAAUAAAAGUAGAGAUUACGAAAGUCAAAUUAAUUUACAAAGAAUACACAGUAGACCAAGAACUAGGCAGGAAGAUCCAGAUGUUGUUGUGAAAGGUUUUGAUACCACUACAGUAAUUGUGAGAAAAUCACCCUCGACCAUUGACAACAAUAAUAUUAUAACCCCAGUCUCUAAACAGUCUUCGUCUAAUGUAGAUCAACACUUGCACAAACAGAAUUCAUUAUUUUCAAAUCUCAAUACUUACCAUAAUACUACCACUAAUGACAAUAUCAAUAAACAAAUAAAUAUUAAAGAUGAUAAUAGAGGUAAUACAAGUGUGGGUACUUCGAGUGCAUUGGGUUUUCAAGCUCAGAAUAAAAAUUCUAAAUUGUUUUUCAGUAGUGCAGAUGAAGAUUCCGAUUGUGAUGCUUUCUCUGACACUGAGGAUGACGAUGAUGACGAAGAUGAUGAUGACUUUGAUAGUCUGUAUGAAGAAGAAAUUGAGGAUAAAUACAUGAAAAAGAAAUGGGAUAACAUGAUCUUUUCAAAAAAAAAUACAGGUGAUCUUUCUAAUAACUCCUCAGCAUCUACCAAUAAAUCUUCCACAGACCCAAUAAAAAAGAGUUUGUUGAGCGGUUUGUUUUUAAACAAUAUGAAUAAAGAAACUAAGGAUCAAUUUAAGGGUGAAAUCAAUAAAGAAGAUAGUGAGUUAAUAAAGACUAGUUCUACCUCGCCAGGAAUGGGACACAGAUCUAAGUUAACAAUGGAGAAAAUAAAGUCAAAAGAGAUAUCAGGAAAAUUCACUGAUUUAUUGGGGUCUGAUCUAUCUAAAAUAUCAAACAAUUCUACGAAUUAUAUAAACGAUAUCAACAAAUCAGGUAGUAAUUCUGCAAUAGAUACGCCAACUAUAAAGACUUUCAAUGUGAACGCAUUGGGAGCGAUGUCUCCACCUCGAGAUGCCAUCUCUUCAUUCGACCCUCAAGCAUUUAGAUCAUCCACUAGAACUAGAAGUAGUUUCAGUAGCAUUGUUUCGGAAUUUACCAGUGAGAGAUAUAUUCAUCAAUCUAAUGCACCACCUUCAGCCCAUACCAUACUUCCAACAGCUCUGUCAACACAUAUGUUUUUACCAAAUAAUAUCCAUCAACAAAGAUUAGCUGCGUCAUCCAUGAACAAAAGCCGAUCCUUUUUUGAACAAGGAUCAAGAAGAGAAUCUAUUGAUAUACCAUCUAAAAGUAGAAAUAGUGUGAGCAUAAAAACAAGAGUUGAAAUCAAGGAAGAAGAGCCAUUCGCAAGAGAUUUGAAUAGAAGGAAAUAA